AGUCCGAGCCUUAACUCCCCGCCAGGAUUUGACUGCGACUCGCAGGGGGCGGAUUCUCCGCCUAGCGCGCAUGCCUGGGAGGGCUGGGCCGCUCUUCUCCUGUGGCCGGGGUUCCGACGCCUCUCCUGGGCCCGAGAUGGACCUCCCGGCGGUGUUGGCCUCCCCGACUGCGCGCGGAGGCCAGCAUGGCAGUGGUCCGGGUCGCCUUCGCCGCGGCGCGGGGAUGUCCCUCAGCGCCAGCCCGGGACGCCGCCGCCUGUUGCUGCUGAGGGGCCCGGAAGAUGGCGGGCCCGGGCCGCGCCUGGAGGAGGCCGCAGGGCCCAGCCCGUCGCCCCCAGAAGACGGCGGCGACGCCUUCGUGGUGCUGCUAGAGGUGCCGCGCGCCGCGGAGGCCCCGGGGCAGCAGGAGGCCGAGCCCGGCUCCGACUCGAGCCCCGCGGGCCACCCCGUGCAGAGCCUUGCCGCCUCCUCCGGCGCGGCUCUGGCGGGCACCGUCACCAUCAACAACCAGGACCUGCUGGUACACUUCGAUCACGGUGUAUUCACCCUGGCCGCCGCUCCCGCGGCUCAGGGCCUCCGCCCUGCGGCCACCCCGGGCCCGGAACCCUCGAGCGCUGCUGCGGCCCGCCGCGGGCCUGUGACGGCCAGCGCCAGCUCGCCGGGCUACCGCUGUCCCGAGCCGCAGUGCGCGCUGACCUUCGCCAAGAAGCACCAGCUGAAGGUGCACCUGCUGACGCACGGCGGCCUGCAGGGCCGGCGGCCCUUCAAGUGUCCGCUAGACGGCUGCGGAUGGGCCUUCACCACAUCCUACAAGCUCAAGCGGCACCUGCAGUCGCACGACAAGUUGCGGCCGUUCGGCUGCCAGGUGAGCGGCUGCGGCAAGAAGUUCACCACCGUGUACAACCUCAAGGCCCACAUGAAGGGCCACGAGCAGGAGAGCCUGUUCAAGUGCGAGGUGUGCGCCGAGCGCUUCCCCACGCACGCCAAGCUCAACUCCCACCAGCGCAGUCACUUCGAGCCCGAGCGCCCCUACAAGUGUGAUUUCCCCGGCUGUGAGAAGACAUUCAUCACAGUGAGUGCCCUGUUUUCCCAUAACCGAGCCCACUUCAGGGAACAAGAGCUCUUUUCUUGCUCCUUUCCUGGAUGCAAUAAACAAUAUGACAAAGCCUGCCGACUGAAAAUUCACCUGCGAAGUCAUACAGGUGAAAGACCGUUUAUUUGUGACUCAGACAGCUGUGGCUGGACCUUCACCAGCAUGUCUAAACUUCUAAGGCACAAAAGGAAACAUGACGAUGACCGGAGGUUUACCUGCCCUGUGGAAGGCUGUGGCAAAUCGUUCACCAGAGCAGAGCAUCUGAAAGGCCACAGCAUCACCCACCUGGGCACAAAACCGUUUGAGUGCCCUGUGGAAGGGUGCUGUGCCAGGUUCUCGGCUCGCAGCAGUCUGUACAUUCACUCUAAGAAGCAUUUGCAGGACGUGGGUGCUCCGAAAAGCCGCUGCCCAGUGUCCAGCUGCAACAGACUCUUCACGUCCAAGCACAGCAUGAAGGCACACAUGGUGCGGCAGCACAGCCGGCGCCAAGAUCUGGUACCUCAAUUGGAAGCUCCAAGUUCUCUCACACCCAGCAGUGAACUGAGUAGCCCAGGCCAAAGCGAGCUCACCAACAUAGAUCUAGCAGCACUCUUCUCUGAGACACCUGCCAACAGUAGCAGUUCGACAGGUGGAUCAGAUGAAACACUGAAUUCUGGGAUCCUGACCAUUGACGUCACUUCUGUGAGCUCCUCUCUGGGAGGGAACCUCCCUGCUAAUAACUCCUUAGGGCCCAUGGACCCCCUGGUUCUAGUGGCCCAUGGUGAUAUUCCUCCAAGUUUAGAUGGGCCUCUUGUUCUCGGGACAUCAGCUGCAGUCCUGCAGCAAGGCAGCUUCAGUGCAGAUGAUACGCAGGCCAUGAGCUCAGGAACAGUAGACUGUCUGGUGGCUCUGCCAGUGAGGAACUUGGGUCAAGACCCCCCUGCCUUGACCCCCAGCAGUAAUUUCACAGCACCUGACACCACAGUACCUGACACUACACUAACCUCCUCAAGCACCUCCCAAGAACCCACCAGUGUCUCAGAACUGCUGGCUCCAAUCAAGGUAGAACAAGACUUGCCUCCUAUCCCAGAUGUGGUCCAGGGGCAAGAAGAAAGCCAAGGGCUACCCCAGUCGGUGCUGUCCAGCCCUGCUGAGAGGCCCGGGACUCAGAAGGACUCAGAGCUCAGUGCCGGCAACCUCUACUUGGAAAGUGGGGGCUCAGCAAGAACUGAUUACCGGGCCAUUCAACUAGUCAAGAAAAUAAAGCAGAAAGGAACUGGGAGCGAUGCAGGAGACUCGGAGUCUGCUCAUAGGAAAAUGAAAGGUGACACGGUCAGUCCUCCUCACAGUGGCCAUACAGGCCAGCAGAGUUGUUUGUGUGGGAACCCCUCAGUACCCAGUGGAAGUCUGCCAGCACCCGCUCCAGAGACUGGGGUGCAGUGUAUCCAGAUCCCUGUACUGCAGCCUGUCUCACUGCAUCUGUGCAAGCCCUUGCCUUUGUUAGGACUGACGUAUCAGGAUGACCCCUCAGGUGAAGGAAGCUUGCCACUGGCCCUCAGCCCACAGCCCUCUGCCUUCCACCCCUACUUCACCGUGGAUUUGCCUGUCUACGUCCUCCAGGUCUGGAUGCCUACAACUUUUGCUCUUCUCAGAGGUGCUUCCAGCGCCUGCAAGUUCUGUUGGGUCCGAAGCUGUACAGGUGCCCGGAAGCACUAUCAACCUGCAAGACCUUCAGUGACAGCAGCUGCUGCCUGAGCAAACAAGGAAUGCAUUCCAGGCUGUGCUGCCCAAGGCCUCAAAUGACUGGUGCAGGUGGGGAGAACUCACUUGGCUUCUGCUCAACAGUCCAGUCUGGUUCUUAGAGACUUCAGGGUACAUUUACUGAAAACGUUUUCCUUCUGUUCUAGCAGGAGCAGGUUUGGGCUGUGUUUUUUAAAACUGCCAUUAAGGGUUGCUGUGAGUGAGAUGCAUACUGUGUCCAUACCACACGUGGUGUGCAUUACAGCCCUUCCCUAGGUCCCCCUGGGCCUGAGCCGGGUAGCACUUGUUACAUUAAAAGGACCUCUGCAGGAAGUGGGUGAGCACAGGCUUCCCGCUCAGGUACGAUAGGGCAUCAAGUUGAAGCGUUUUAGCAUUUUGCCUGAGCAAUCUAGAAAUCUUUCUUUUCUGAGAGCUUAUAAGACACUACUUCUCAGUUCCUUGGAUGGUGAAAGAUGAUUGGGGUGGCCUGUUAGCAAGCCCUCUUCCUAGACUGUAGCUCAGAGUUUGGGAUGGGAGAGUUAAAACUUUUAAAGUAAUUUUUCUAAAUCCUAUAUUUGGGUAUUAAUGGUAAAUAGUAAUUUGACAGCAGUUUCUACAGUGGUAUUCUGAAUACUAUAAAUUAUGUGUAGGGCUGUGACGAUAUAUGUGUUUUAUGGUUAAGGUUGAAGGUGUGCAUAUAAUAUAUCCAUGUAUGUUUUUACAGAGUGAGUCUGUCUUCCAGGAGAUGGUUGCACAUAUUUAUUUGUUAGUUAGGACUGGACACAGGGUCACUGAGAAAUGCUCUAUUUUUUUCCUUGGGCCUUCUGAAGUGUGUGCUUGUUCAGAUGCUGUUGUGGUUCUGCCCUACCUGGGUUGCUCUAUUUCUUAGGUUUGGGGCAGACCCUGAGUCUGAGCCUGAGUCCUUUCUGGCCUGCUCUGAGGUGCCAUCUGCCUGUGUGCUAUUCUCAGUGAGGGGAUUAUAAGCCCCAUUUGAGACGGCUUCUUUCCACAGGCCUCUCCAGUAUCACAGGCCAAAGCUUAGAGGCUGAGCUUGCCCACCUGUCAUCAGGGCCCUCCCCACUCAAUAGGCAGUCUGGCACUACUGUUACCUGUCCUGGGAGCCCAUCUCAACAGGGAAUCCCUGCCUUCUCCCAUGGUCCCCAGUCAGUGUCUGCCAAGUAAUGGGACUGACUGGCUGUGGUGUUCUGGGCACUGAGGCUCCUUGCUGCCUUGGGCCCAACUCCUAGUACAAAUGAAUAAAAGUGUAUGACAUGCA